GUAGUCUGCCAUUAAACCAGCAGAAGGACAGAGCCCUCCACUAUCAGCCCGCCAGUCUCCUGUCAGUCUCUCUUUAUCAUGGCUUCUCAUAAACUAUGGAAACAUUGUUGCAUCUUGUGUCGCUAACCGCCUGCAAACUGCUGCAUUUCUCUGGACUCAGCGACUACAGGAAAGCCCUAAAGACUACAAAGAUGGAGGAGAAAGCGUUAGAAGUGUACGAUGUGAUCCGCUCCAUCCGGGACCCGGAGAAGCCGAACACGCUGGAGGAGCUGGACGUGGUGACGGAGAGCUGUGUGGAGGUGAGGGAUCUGGGGGAGGAAGAGUUCCUCAUCAUCAUCAAGUUCUCCCCCACCGUCCCUCACUGCUCCCUGGCCACGCUCAUCGGUCUGUGCUUACAGGUGAAGCUGGAGAGGUGUUUACCUUUCAAACACAAGCUGGAGAUUUACAUCUCAGAGGGAACGCACUCCACUGAGGAAGAUAUUAACAAACAGAUCAAUGAUAAGGAGCGAGUGGCGGCCGCCAUGGAGAACCCAAACCUGAGAGAGAUCGUGGAGCAGUGUGUGACCGAGCCGGACGACUGAGUGUGUCCCUGUGUGUGUGUCUGUGUGUUUCCAUGUGUGUGUGUGUGUGUAUGUAUGUGCAAGGGUGUUUGUGUGUAAGGGUGUGUGUUUGUGGACCCUCCCAUCAUGCACUGCGGCGCUCGGGUGAAGUGGACCAGCCUCCUCAUGUUUCCCUGUUCUUAAAGUAUGUCCUUUUUUUUUUUUAAUGCAAUCAUCCUGUGAAUGAUAUCUUUAAAAAGUGAUUAUUUUUAGAGAAGAUGUGACGUGUAAAAUAAUCUGAUCUAACCUGAUUAAAAUAUAUAGAGUAUGUCGUCUUCUU